GAAGAAGGAUCGAGAAGUUUCUUGCUUUCCGCAAAAGCCCACACCGAUAUACCUUUCGUAACGGCCAAGGCGUGAAUCACUAUUUCAUCUCUCAACCGAAUCAAAUGCAUUGGCAAAAUUAACACUGCAAAAAGAGAAGAACGUAGAAACAAAACCAUGGAAGUAAGAAUCGGAAGAGGAAUUUCACGAGGAAUGCUUCCACUCCUCGCCCUCCACACAUUCACCGAAUACUACCGAUCAAACACCAAACCCCCAGUGACCGCCGCCUUAAUCGCCGCCAACACUGUCAUCUACCUCCGCCCUUCCUUCCUCCGCCACCUCAUUCCUCCAAUCGAUGAAGUCCUUUUCAACUCCCACCUCAUCCUCAAAAACAAAGACCUCAAACGCUUCUUCUUAUCCGCGUUCUACCAUCUCGGUGAACCACAUCUCGUUUUCAACAUGAUCUCUCUUCUCUGGAAAGGAAUUCACUUAGAAUCUUCCAUCGGAAGUCUUCAAUUCGCUUCUAUGAUAGCUUCUCUUCUCGCUUUAUCGCAGAGUAUAAACCUAGUUUUAUCUAAAUCGUUGUUUGUUUUCUUCGAUUAUGAUAGAUAUUAUUAUGAAUACGCUGCUGGUUUUUCUGGUGUUCUGUUUGCGAUGAAAAUUGUUCUUAACUCGCAAUCGGAUGAUUAUACGAAUGUUUACGGUGUUUUAAUUCCGUCACGUUAUGCGGCUUGGGCUGAGUUGAUUUUGAUUCAAAUGUUUGUGCCUAAUGUGUCGUUUUUAGGUCAUCUUAGUGGUAUACUUGCUGGACUUGUGUAUUUGAGAUUCAGACGAAAUUUCUCGGGUUCAAAUCCGUUGAAUUCUAUUGUUAGGGGUUUUAAUUCUGUGUUGAAUUGGCCUGUGAAGUUUUUUAGGGAUUUGUUUGGGUUUAGGAGAGAAAGGAUUACUGGUAGGGGAACUGUCGGCCGUACGGGGAGGAAUGCUGCCCAGGUUGCUGCUGAUUGGAGAUGUCAGGCUUGUACUUAUGAUAAUUCUGGUUUGAUGAAUGUGUGUGAGAUGUGUGGUACUAGUAGGGUUGGUGGUGGUGGUUCUUCUGAUGAAAUGAACCGCCGUGAUUAUUAUGAUUCUGAUGGUCUUUCUUUGGAUGAAUUGCGUCGCAGGAGAAUUGAAAGGUUUGGUAGGUGAUGAAAUGUAAUCAUGAUGAUAGUAGAAAUGAAAUAUUAACAAAUAAUGCAAUUGGAUGUAGAAAUUUAGUUCAUUCUAUUGGAUAUUAGACUUGUUUUUAUUUUAGAUGGAUAUAAGUUUGUUGUGUAACUAGAGCUGAUGAUACUGCAACGAAUUAUUACAUCAAUUUAGCGAGUUACAUUUACAUUACAUUUUUUCUUGGUACAUAGAACAGUGGAAGCUUUUCUUGCAA